UCCUCUCGCCCCGCCCGCAUGACCUCGACCUUUCGCCCACUCCUCCUCCUCCCGCGUUGUUCCUCCCGCAGCCGGAGCCACCCGCCACACCCUUCGCUGCCGGAUCCGCCCUUCGCCGUGAGAGACGCCGCCGAGCCCGUCCGUCACGCCCGAGCCGCCGCCGGAGCCGUCCUUCGCCGCAGGAGCCACCGCCGCCGAGCCCGUCCAUCGCGCCCGAGCCGUCGCCGAGCCCGUCCAUUGCGCCGGAGCCGCCCUACGCCGCGGGAGCCCCUUAGCCGGGAGUCCGAGGACGAGGAUGACAACGUAGACUACGAGGAGCAUCGGGAGGCCAGGCGGCGCCUGAUCCGCACUGUGCCGAUCGUUGACUGGUUCGAUGUCAAGAGCAACGAGGUCAAGACGACGUCUCCGAGGAAGUACUUCGUCCGGCCGAACGCGAGCAUCAUCCACCCGUGGGAUUCUUGCACGAUAACAAUUACCCUACAGUUACAGAAAGAGUACCCCACAAAUAUGCAAUCAAAGAAUAAAUUCUUGAUUCAGAGCACCAGGGUGGCUGCCAACACCGACAUGGAUGAAAACCCCCCCGACACUUUCAACAAGGAGGCUGAUAAGGUGAUUGAGGAAAUGAAGCUCAAGGUUGUCUACACAUUGCCCAGUGGAAGCUCAGACGACUCUGGUGUCACAUGUUCAGCAAAUAGGAGCUUCAAGCAGGGCGACGACGAUCUCUCGAUGCUGAAGAAUGCAAGCAUUGAAGAGAUGACACUUCAAUCUUCUUUAUAUUCAAGUGCAGAAAGAUUUCAGGUUGUGUCCUCUUUUUUUUGUUGGCACUAUCGGGUCACGCCCUCUUGCAAUGCAAGAUUAUCCAUAUUUUGAAGUCAUUUUUAUGCUGAUGUCAUUAUAUUUUUUCAAAUAGAUAGAUGCCAUGAGUAAACACUUGUUGAGUUGCGGGCUGGUAUUGUUGAAUUAGAGGCUGCUACUGACUACCAAUAUUGUAAAGAUACUGAUAUGAUGUGUUCCAUACUGAGAAUCACGAGAAGAUUUUUAUUGA